AUGUCAGGUCGAGGUACAGUCAAGCAUCAUGAUUCCUCACCUCCAGUGCCACAGCAGCCUCACAAUUUCAUUAUGAUUCCUAUACUUCCUUACAACAAGAAACUGACACUUGGCUACAUGCGUAAAAACCAGCCAUUUCAUUUAGACGAGCUUCCGGAAGAAUACUACCCAUGCUCUGGCAAAAGCGACCGCCCGCCAGAUUUUGUCUUUGGCUUUCCUUUUCGUUUUGCUAAGGGCGACCAGGAUCUUACCGGCACUGCUGCAAAAUUGUAUGCCAUGCAAGACAAAAUACCAGACGAGAAGUUCCGGGAUCGAACCAAAUAUGGUGCUGCACGCGCCAUCGCGGAAUACGUUCGCGACUCCAUUGACGGCGACUUUAUCGACUAUAUCAACCCCUGCCCUGUUGAUACUAACGAAGAUAUUUACCUCGUUUUUCGCCUCUAUGCUUCAUUUAUGCCCGCCUCCCCCCGUCCCCCAGAUUGGGUUGCGCAGCUGGCCGAAAUCGCGAAGGAUAUUCUGCAGGAGCUGGGGUGGGAGGAUGUGGAGGAACCCGGCUGGUAUCUGGAUGUUAUGAGCAAGGCUACAGAGAACCAUGCCGACUACAACUUUGGUAGCUCGUGGAGACGUUAUUAG